ACCGAGCGGAGACGUCACGCAGGUGCGUCCAGGAGUCGGGAGGCGCGCAAAGGUGGGGUCCGCGCUCCGAGUCGCAUUCAGCGGCAGGCGGGGGCGCGCUUCCCCCGGGAGCUCGCGCUCCCCCCGCCGCCCGCGCGCUCCCGGCCCCCGCCCCCGCGCCGGAGGCAGUCCCGGCGGGUGGCAGCGCUGCUCCCGGCCGCGCCGAGAGGGCCCGCGGAAGCUCUUGGGGCGCGUCAUCCUUACCGCGCCGGGCGGGCGGGCCUCCAGGCAGCCUCGCGUCAGUGCUCUGCGCCGGAAGACGCCGUCCCCGCGCCCCCUCCCUCGGCGCCGGCCUCUUCCCCCGCCUGAACCCCGGGACAUGAGCCGCAAGAGGCAGGGUCUGGUCCCGGACCCCUUUGGGCUGAAGCGGCGGCGGGAGCGAGGGCAGGCCGAGGCGGAUCCCCUGAGGGGCGAGUCGGGGUCGGCGCGCGCCGCGGUCGCCGAGCUGGUGCAGCUGUUCCCGCGAGGCCUGUUCGAGGACGCGCUGCCGCCCAUCGCGCUGCGGAGCCAGGUGUACAGCCUGCUGCCCGACCGGACGGCGGCCGACCGGCAGCUGAAGGAGCUUCAAGAGCAGGGGGAGAUCAGAAUCGUCCAGCUAGGCUUUGACUUGGACGCCCAUGGGAUCAUCUUCACUGAGGACUACAGGACCAGAGUCCUCAGGGCCUGUGAUGGCCGACCAUAUGCUGGGGCAGUGCAGAAGUUUCUGGCUUUGGUACUUCCAGCCUGUGGGGACCUUAGCUUCCAGCAGGACCAAAUGACAGAGACCUUCGGCUUCAGGGACCCAGAGAUCACGCAUCUGGUGAAUGCUGGAGUCCUCACCGUCCGAGAUGCUGGGAGUUGGUGGCUAGCCGUGCCUGGGGCUGGGAGAUUCAUCAAAUAUUUUGUUAAAGGGCGCCAGGCUGUCCUCAGCAUGGUCCGGAAGGCCAAGUACCGAGAGCUACUCCUAUCAGAGCUUUUGGGCCGGCGGGCACCUGCCUCGGUGCGACUUGGCCUCACUUACCACGUGCACGACCUCAUUGGGGCCCAGCUAGUGGACUGUGUCUCCACCACUUCUGGAACUCUCCUCCGCCUGCCAGAGACAUGAGGAUUCUGCUCGUCAUUGCAUACCUCUGCUGAGUGGGUUGAGAGGGGUCCAGGAGUAUGUCCAGUGGUGGAUGAGAUAGGGUCACCUUGGGAAGACGCAGGAGCCCGGAUGAGUGUUGGGCUUGCAUCUGUAUAAAGGGUCAGACGUGAUUGCUGCUGUUUACCUGGGCUCUGACCCAGUGGUGGGGUUUGGGCAAUGCUUCUCUGCCCUUCUGUGGGACUGGAGCCAGAAACCGUGCCAAGGCCAUGGCUCUUGCCUUUCACACAGCAAAGUACAGCUGUCGCUCUUGGGAUAGGAAGACGGGAUUUCCGGGAAGGCUGGUGAGAGAGGGCAGAGUUCUUUCUUAAAUGUUAAGAUCAAGCUGCCAAAUAAAGUACAGACCAUGUGCAA